CUCCGUCUGGCUAGUUCAUAAUCGAGAUGAGAACCUAUCAAGUAGAUUCCGUGUCCCGAAUUAUUGUAAUCUUUCUGUUAAUAUGUUUGUACGCUAGAGCUUCACCUGAUGCUAAAAUACUCAUAAAUGAGUUGUUUCAUGGCUACGAAAACUUGAUUAUGCCAGUAAACCAUCACGACGAAGUCAUGAAUGUAACUGUGAGAUUUAUACCAAGGAGGAUAACUGAGUUUAACGAAGUGACGAGUCAGAUUUCCAUAGCAAUGGGCGUAGAUGUUCGAUGGACAGAUACAUACUUACAAUGGAAUCCAAAUAAAUAUGGCAAUGUGACUAAUCUUGUUGUUCCUGAGGAAAAAGUGUGGACCCCCGACAUCUCUCUAGCUAACCCGACAGACCGCAUUCCUAUUUUUCCUGAGGACUUGUUUUCUGUCAGAAUCUAUUUUAAUGGUCGAGCAAUUUGGCUUAAAGGAGGAACUGUUAGAAGCACAUGUAAACCAAACUUAAGAUAUUACCCAUUUGAUGUACACACGUGUUUUGUGAAGUUCAUAACCCUCGACCAUGUGUACAAAGAAAUUAAACUUAUAGCUGAAUUAAAACUAAACGUUUAUGCUAAUUUUGGAGAGUGGGAUAUUAUUGAUAAUUUGGUAUAUUCUGAGCCUUUUGAUUUGUUUUCAUGUGCUGUCUAUAAAUUCAAAAUCAAGAGGCGUCCCGAGUUCUCGAUUUUAAGUAUAUGCAUACCGAUUCUGUGUUUAGGGUUGCUGAAUGCUUGUGCAUUUCUGAUACCUCCAGAAUGUGGGGAGCGGAUCUCAUUCGCCAUCACGGUCCUCCUUUCCUUUGCGGUUUUCAUGACAAUUGUGAGUGCAACGAUGCCGAAAAAUACCGCCCCUGUUCCGAUACUGUGUUACAUCCUCAUGCUGAUGCUGUUGGAGAGCGGGGUAAUUGUGGUGGUGUCCAUUUUAGGACUUCGUCUAUACUACAAGCCUGGCCACUUACAACCCCCAGACUGGCUGAAAAGGAUCGUGAAAACUCUUAAUGGUUCUAAAAGAAGAAGCGCGCCCCCUUCGUCAUCAUAUGUGGAAGUUAUUGACAACAACCAAACGUUAUCUGUUCAAGAGAACAUUGAUUAUGAACAUAUAAAAUGGAUUGAUGUGGGACAUGUUUUUGACUAUUUUUGCUUUACUGUAUCGUUCUUUGCAUUUAGCGUAACUGUCUUUGUAUAUGCAAUCAUUGUUAUGGCUAACUAGUUAGUUUAUGCUAUUUCAUAAAAUACUUUUUAUGCAACUCAAUCAAAGAUUCGGAAGUACAAUAUAGUUUUGUCAUGUCCAUUCAUCUGUCUACGCUGUCUGUUUGUCUGCUUGUCCGCAGAAUCUUCAACCUUUCAUAUAACUUUUGAUUGGUUGCAGAUGUGGCUUUCAUAUUUCACAGUAGAGUUUGGCCCACUUUUGAAAAAGUUUAUAAUUACCAGACUUUAACCUUUGACUCAUAACUUUUGAACAAUUGGUGCUAGGGCUUUUAUAUUUUCAUGUGUAUAAACUGUUAUAAGUCCUUUUCAUGAAUAUAAAUAUUUUUGACAUUUGACCGAGUGCCUUUAGGUCACUUGGAAAAAAAAUUACGCUUCAUAUAACUUUUAAUAUUCAUGGAUUAAUAUUUCACAUGUGUUUUCUUGUGGCAAGGCUUUCCUUUGGCUCUAACAUAUUUGACCUCUUUAGAUUGACUUUGGAGUUUGGUCCACUUAUGCAAAAAACUUUAAUUUUUGGUUAUAACUUUUGAACAGUUUAUGCUAAGGUUUUUAUACUUCACAGGUUUAUGAAUAGUCACAAGUCCUUUCCAUGGAAAUAAAUAUUUUUUACCUUGACUUUUGAGUUUGUCCCACUUAUUAAAAAACUUUAUUCUUGGCUUUAACUUUUGAAGAGCUAGUACUAAGAC